AGGUACAUACACAGAAAUACACACGCACAGACACAUGUACAUACAGACACAUGUACACACAGACACAUGUACGUACAUACACACAAACACGCACACACAUGUACACGCACACACACAUACAUGUACAUACACGCAGACACAUGUACAGAUACACACAGACACAUGUACAUGCAUACACAGACUCACACAAACACAAAUACAUGUACACACACACACGGCCCUAUAAAAAGUUGCAGUACUUCGUUGUUCACUCACAGAUCUGGGUACUGCACUCUAGGGGGUGGCAGAGAGCACAGCACACACUCCUUCCUUUGCUUUCACUGCGCUCAGCUAUUGAGCAUUCUGACGGCUCCCAGUGCCAAUGACAGAUCCAGCCUGAGCACCGAGCCUGCUCAGCAAGACGGCCCUGGGGGACACACUCGCCCCCACCAUAAUUUCCACUCGCCAUUGGCGAGCAGGCGAGUGGAAAUUUCAAGGCCU